AAUUUUCCAGGGAGAUAGCCGCUACGCAACGCGGCUGCCAAAUCAAUAUAGAAAAUGAGCAUAGACGACGUCAUCUAUGUAAUCUGCCUGCUGGCCUGCAUCGGGGCCGGCAAUUAUGUGCGGAAGGUGCGCGAUGAGGCCCAACGCAAAUUGGUAUCUACGGCACUGGGUGUGAUUGUGGUGGUCAUUGUGUCGGGCCCGCUCCACAGCCUGCAUUGCAUUGCAUCCUUGGCCUUGGGCACCGCCAGUGUGCUGCUAGUGCAUCCAAGCAAAUGCCAUUUGGUUACAUUUCUCAUAAUGUUUGGCUACCUGGUGUUCUUCCGGCUGUUUGACUUCUACUGGAGCAUUCCUGGGCACACGAACAUGAUACAAAUGAUACUUACACUUAAGGUCUCGGGUGUUGCCUUUGAAAAAACAGCCGCCUGGAAACGCAUACGCGAAAAGGAUGAACAGGACAAGAACGCUCAGCGGGACGUGAACAGCGAAAGUCCCAUUGAGAUCACCGACUACGAUCUGGAGCUGCAGCAAUUGACAGCCGCUGAAAUAGUGCACUAUAGCUUCAAUUACAUCGGGGUUCUAACAGGCCCCUACUAUCGCUAUCGCACAUAUAGGGACUACUUUGAUAUGCCAUUUAAGACGCAUGCCCCGUGCAUUGAUGCCACCAUUGAGAAGCUCAAAUGUGCCUCCUUCUACUGCGCCCUGUAUCUGGCCACCAACUACGUUUGGCCCCUGGAUUAUGCUUUGAGCGAUGAGUUCUACAAUGAUCGCUCAUUUGUCUACCGGCUGCUGUAUGUGUGGCCCACCUUCUUCACAUUCCGGGCACGAAUCUACACGGGUCUGACCCUCAGUGAGUGCGUCUGCACAAUGGCCGGGUUUGGGGCCUAUCCGGACGAGGCUGAUGCCAACAAUGGCGAGGGACCCCGCAAGCGCUAUCAGCACUUGAAACGCGAUGCCGACAAGCAUACCUACAACUUUACCACGAUUGUCAAUACCCGAGUGAUGGAAGUGGAGCGAUGCUGGACCUUCCGCGAGGGCAUGAAGCACUGGAAUGUCUGCGUGCAGUACUGGCUGGCCGUCAAUGUCUACAAGCUGUUUCCCAGCAAGAAGUACAGAACGGGUGCCACUCUGCUCUGCUCGGCCUACUGGCACGGAUUCCGGCCGGGACACUAUUUCUGCAUCAUGGGCGCUCCCUUCUAUGUCUCCCUGGAGGAUAUGUGGAACAAGCUGGUGCGCAAGGAUGCCACUGGCCCGGUACGGACCGUCAUCGAUGUGCUCUUCUGGAUAUUCAAGUGGUUCGCCUUCAGCUACUUGGGCGUGGCCUUCCUGCUCUCCUCGUUCGGCAACAUUUGGCGUUUCUAUAGCUCUGUGUAUCACAUUGGAUACAUCUGCUGGGCGGCGAUGAUUGGACUCGGCUUUAUCCUCACAAACCAAAGGAAGGCAGCCGAACGUCGCAGGCAGAAGCGUGCAGCUGGUGGAGACACUGCUGCAGUGGAGGAAAAGAAAGCGCAGUGA